AUGGUCAAUUGUCUCGACGAUGCCAUGAGUACACCUCCUUCUGAGACAUUCGAACCAAGCACAAGCCCAGCUGUAGCUGUUUACCAGGACACUCUUUACGACGUUUGGAACAGCUCGGCAGCUAACGGCACCUUAAGAUAUACCUAUGUCAAUAAAGCAACGAAUGCAUUUGUCCAACCAAAAAUUCUCACUGCAGGUGGACUUUCUAUUCGAAGCCAGACGAGCCCGGCCAUGGUUGAGUUCAAUGGAUUGCUUUACUUGUUCUUCAACGGUUCUGGUCUAAAUGGCACAUGGAUGACGACCUUUAAUAGGAAUGUCUGGGCCGAUGUCAGUCCGGUUACCUCUAAUCUUGGAGGAAACUUUAUGGAUCGCACAAGCCUUGCCAUUUUUGUCUCUGACGACAAAAGAGUGUUGACUCUUCUCUGGUACGGAAGCGGAAGCAAUGGCACAUGGUAUACCACUACCACGAACGGAAUAACAUGGUCGAAUCAAGUUGGUCUAAAUGACGGCCAAGUACUCAUGGCUGGGAGUAGCCCUUGUGGCAUUGACUACCAUGGACGACCAUACAUAUUCUUUGUUGGUGGAGAUGGGAACUUGUGGAACUAUAACGGGGUCAUAUUAUAUUCUACACUUACUGAGCCCAAGUAUUCUUUGGCCAUGGACGCCUUCCUCAAGGGAAAUGAUUUCGCAUUCGUGGCUCAAGACGAUGCCACAGUCAAAUAUCUCGAGGCCCAGUUCCCGAACGGAUCGGUCAUUAUUCAGAAUCCUUCAAGCUCUCCAAAUGUCAUUCAGAGCGCAAACCCCAGAAACCAGACAGUUGCGGGUAAUGCAAACUGGAUAAACCUUUGGCACUAUUUCUACAAUGGGAGCCCUAGUGCUAUCCCCAGGGAAGCCGUCAGCCUAUUGGCUCUUGCUACCCUUGCUUUCAACUUAAAUUAUCUUAUUAGCAUCAACACCAACUCUCAGACGAGAGUUUCGCCCAGACUUAUUUUUCGCCGGAUCCCCCCGAACAAAAGCUAA